CACAGAUUUAUUAGCUCUUACACAACGAGGGAAAUUCAUUCGGCAAAGUUCAUUCAUAAAAAUUUCAACAGCCUGGGUAUCAUCCGCUCAACUCAGCCUUCUGCCGCGCACAGGCUCCUCCUGAAAAAGACUGCAGGAGGGUCCGGGAGGGAAGGGCGCCCUGAGUAGGGGUGGGCCGGCCGGGAUCGGACCCGAGCUGCACCGAGGAUGCCCGGACCUCAAGCUGGAGGAACAAUGCGAACCAGCGCCCGUCGCUAGGACUCCUGGCUGGUGGCCCAGAACCAAGAUCCUCCGAGAGAGGGCAGCCGUCAUAACCCCAGACCAUACAGAAGAGCCUUUGACUCUUAUGUGCUUUUUUAUUUUUCCCUUUGAAAUGAACAAUCGCGGGAACAAAUAAAGGGUUAAUGGGCUAGUCCCUGCCCCGCCCCGUGGGAGCUGGAGGGAGCAGGUUUGAAAGUUCCUGUGCGCAGAGGGAAAGAGGCUAAAUAUUUCUGCUAAGGCUAGAGGCGUGGUGGCACCCGCUUCCCCAGCCUGGGGGACGGGACUUCGGGGCGAGGACCCCCCUCCCCUCCCCCCUUCUUUCCGAGGGCCUCUGCCAGGGCCUGGAAGGGCCUGCAAUCAGAGCUGGGGAGGCGUCCUCCGGGACUGUCAUCCUUGAGCAGCUUGAGACCCGGGCGGGUGACCGCCAGAGCAGAAGUGAGAGGUGACUGUGGUGUGGGUCUACUGGACUGUGAGGCACUUUAGGCUGCGGUGCUCCGUCUCAGCGCUGCCAAGGCUAUGCGAGAACGCAGCCAGGACAGCCAGGCAGGACUCACGCUGUAUGUAGGACUCUUUGGGCACCUGGGGAUGCUUCACAGGACCAAGUACAGCCGCUUUCGGAACGAGUCCAUCACGUCUUUGGACGAAGGGAGCCCCGGAGGCUCGGUUGGAAACAAGGGCUCAUCGCCACCUCCUUACGCAGCCCUGACCCCUCACCUGCCUGCUGAAGAUGCCACUGUGCCCAACCAGGAGAGCCCCACCGCGCUGUGCACCUUGAUUCCCCGUAUGGCAAGCAUGAAGCUGGCCAACCCCGUCACUUUUCUGAGUCUGAAAACCUUCUGCCUGGGUUCGAAACAGGUGCCCAGGCUGAAGCUCCAAGAGAACCAGGAUCAGACUCCAAGCAGCCCAGCGUCCCCAGAAACCAGUCUGAAUAGUACUGGGCCUGCACCUACACCUCUUCCGGACCAGGUGGGAUGCAGGCCCACCUCCUUGCGUCCUGAUACUUGCCCACUGCCUGGGCCUGGAGAACCAAACCCUAGGAGCAAGCAGGAUGGACCUCCUCUGCAGCACCUGUUGGGGAACGGUCUCAACUACUGUGUGAGGUACAUGGGCUGCAUUGAAGUGCUGCAGUCAAUGAGGUCACUGGAUUUUGGAAUGAGAACCCAAGUUACAAGGGAAGCAAUAAGUCGCCUGUGUGAAGCUGUCCCUGGGGUCCAUGGAGCCAUUAAAAAACGAAAGGCUCCCGUUAAGUUCCUGACAACGGUUCUUGGCAAAAGCAAUCUUCAGUUUUCAGGAAUGAAUAUAAAACUGACUGUUUCAACAAGCAGCCUCACGCUGAUGAACCUUGACAACCAACAGAUUAUUGCAAAUCAUCAAAUGCAAUCGAUUUCCUUUGCCUCUGGAGGGGAUCCUGAUACCACAGACUAUGUUGCCUAUGUAGCUAAAGAUCCAGUCAACCAACGAGCGUGCCACAUCCUGGAGUGUCGCAGUGGAACGGCCCAAGAUAUCAUAAGCACCAUAGGGCAGGCCUUUGAGCUCCGGUUCAAACAGUACUUGAAGAAUCCUUCCUUGAACACUUGGGAAAGGGAGGAGGUCCUUGUUGAUGGCACCUCUGAAGACAGAGGCCACGACUAUUACAACUCCAUCCCAGGGAAGCAGCCCCCUGCAGGCGGCAUUGCAGAUGUGCGGAUCCAGGUUCAAGCAGAUCCAGUGGCUUACUGCCCUAUCCGGUGUGAGAAGUUGUGCUAUUUGCCCGGGACCUCCACGUGCAGCGGCGUGUACAAGAACUGCAUGGGACGGAGCAGGCCAAUCGAGGCACCAGAGACCGUGCAGCCAGGAGCCACCGCCAAGCCUGGGAGCUCACACGCUUUGCCACACAUUAAGCAGCAACUGUGGAGUGAGGAAUGCUUCCACGGCAGGCUGAGCAGGGGGGCAGCGGAGAGACUUUUGGUGAAGGAUGGGGACUUUUUGGUUCGAGAGAGUGUGACAUCUCCUGGCCAGUUUGUACUGAGCGGACUGCAAGGCGGCCAGGCCAAGCAUCUUCUCUUGGUGGAUCCUGAAGGCAAGGUGAGGACCAAGGACCAUGUGUUUGAUAAUGUUGGCCACCUGAUCAAAUACCACAUGGAUAAUAGUUUGCCAAUCAUCUCUUCUGGAAGUGAAGUAAGCCUUAAACAACCAGUAAAAAAACAUAAUAACCCAGGACUUUCGCACUCGAAGAAAUGAUGACUCUGGGCACUGUGUCAGAGCGAUCAGAAGCAUAUCCCUUUUGUGUCAGGAGGAGUGACCAUUCAGACCUUUUCAACACAUGAAGUAGAACACAAACUCUGAAACAUGUCUUUCUUAGACCACCAUGGACCCAGGUCUUUUAUAAAACAGAGAAGUAAUAGAUUAUCUUCUGAAUAUGAAAAUCUGAGAAGAGGAAUUUUGGGCCAUUUGACCCAUAUGCACGGAGGUCACUUUUUAAAGGUCACAUGGCAUUGAGGAAAAGCUGAAAAGCACAACUACAAUUUCACAUGCUAAAGACAACUUGAACUGCCUAGGCAGUGGUACGUGCCUUCACCCUGACAAUCCGGGGACAUUUUCCUGUGGGGAGAUUAGUCCCAAGUGUCUUCAUGUUCUAUAGCUACAGAACCAGUUGCCAAAAAGUUCUUCCUUGCUAGAAACAGCAAGAAGAAGCAUUUUGACUAAUAGCAUUGACUUUAUUACAUUUUGUUUAGUAGCACUUUUUGCUGCCAUCUUAAAUAUGACACUGACAUCAAACUUGGACUAUGUCGUGGUUGUGGAAUGAAAGCAAAAGUCACCGAAGGUUUCCUAAUUCUGUCUCAUUUGCUGGUUAAAAGGUUGGAGGCCAAAUUCACUGGCUAGCAUUCCUUGACCUUUGCUAUCUGAGCUGUUCGUGUGCAGCAUGGGACACAUUCAGAAAGCCAAAUUCCUUGGUUAUUUCUGAUUUGGAGUGUAUGGAUAUAAAAGACAGCAAACGAAGCCAGUUUUCUUCACGCUCAGCCCACACUGGUGCCAUUGUUGAGAGUACAGAAGGUAAUUUAAAGCAUAGCAAAAUUUCCUUUUGACUGGCGGCCACUGUAUCCUGGUGUCACCUCGGUAUGUGUCCCAUCACCUUCUCUACAUGUGAUCUACAUGUGAUCAGACAAGAUGCAGAAGGGCUUGGAAAGGCCUGCCACACAGUGGACAAGGGUUCAGCCAGUGGUGAGAUUAAGAAUGCUCAGAGAAGCCCUGGGCUCAGACUACUCAUCACCUCCAGCCUUGGCAGUCCGUUAAACCUGUCCGGAUUCCACUUUUCUUGUUUAUAAGAUGAGGGAGCUCGAGGUACACUCAGAGGUCCAUUGCUGUCCUAACAUGAUAGUUUUUUUCUUCAUUAGAAGUUAACACUAAUAAGCAGACUAUGCAGUUGGGGGUAAACAUUCAGGACUUCUCCUUUAUUCUGUGUCCAUGCUCUGCAGAUGAAAGGUUUAGUCAAAUUACACUCACAUGGUCUGACCCCGAGUGUUUCAGCAUAGAGCAGGUGAUGUUGGUACCAUGGAUCUGGUUGGUUUUAGUUAUAGUCCUUACUUACCUGUGCAUAUAAAGAUACAGUCAUUACUGAAGAGAAAGAGAGAGAGAGAGAGAGAGAGAGAGAGAGAGAGAGAGAGGAGAGAGAGAGAGGAGAGAGAUCGGUCAUGAGCUUUCUGGAUGGUCAUCUCAACAUCUCAACAUUUUGGCUAAGUAGACACACCUUAACCUUUGUGAUUAUGAUGUAUUUGGUAAGUUUUAAGUCUAAUAUGAGUAGUUCUUUUGGGUAGAAAUCAUCAGAAAUCAAGUACAUUGAAGUCUGGCAUUUUUAUGUAACAGCUCACCAUUUUAUUUCUGUCACCACUGGCUUCUUAGGUAGGUUUGUUUCCUUCCCACAGGUAGAAAACAAUAUAUACUUCAUUGAUUUUCCUCCAUAUAUCUUAGGUCUUAGUCAUUUCUCUUCGUAAAAGGGAUCAGCAUAGUGACUUGUAGGCAACCUGCAGCAGAGACAGGGCGGGUCUCUCGUCUCCUUCCAGCAGAGGAACACAGACUGGGUGGCCAGUGGGAGUUCCAGAAGCAAGAUGCUGUGAGCAGCGCACAUGGGCAGUCGACGAUGGGCCGGUGCUGUCGUAACCAGGGAAGCAAAUGCUGCACUAUCAGAUGCCACACAACUGUCAACUGUUCACACAACCCUAAGAGAUAUAAGAAUGACUGCAUGCGAUUUCAAGCUCAUAUUCUCAACCUCUAGGUUAAAAUGGCUCAUUUGCCUACACAUAUCUGUAAAUGGAUUUUCUUUAAAAAUAAAUGACUAUUGCUUUAUGACCAUU